GACAAGUUUGACACGUGAUAUUCUAGUACAUAGCUUAAGCACGUAGGUGUGACUUGUCAGCUGAUGUAUCGUCAAGAUUUGUUAAAUUGACAAUUAUUCUUUUAAAUUUGCUCUGUUACUCUUCAUUUAUCAAUAAUAAUGGCUCUACAUUCAGCGGGGAAAGGGAAACUUCUUGCUGUGAUCGGAGACGAGGAUACUUGUGUUGGAUUUCUUUUGGGCGGGGUUGGUGAAAUUAAUAAACAUCGACAACCCAAUUUUAUGGUCGUAGAUAAAAAUACAGCUGUAAGUGACAUAGAAGAUACGUUUAAACGUUUCAUUAAACGAGAUGAUAUUGAUAUUAUACUUAUCAAUCAAAAUGUUGCUGAAAUGAUUCGUCACGUAAUUGAUAGCCAUACACAACCCAUACCUUCAGUAUUAGAAAUUCCAAGUAAAGACCAUCCAUAUGAUGCCAGUAAGGAUUCUAUUUUAAGGCGUGCUAAGGGAAUGUUUAAUCCAGAAGAUAUACAUUAAUCUGUGUAUAAAAAAGAUUUGAUGACCUCUUUGGUAUUUGUUAAUAUCUGUAUGUAAUACUGUUAUGACAUUAUAGAUUACAUAGAAAAAAUAGAAAUAUGUAUAACAUUCCAUUAUUUACAUCUCAAAAAUUUACUAAUUUUUCAAUUUCUUUAUACAAUGUGUGUAUAAAUCUUGUUCUGUACAGACAUCUGGUAUUAUUUAAAUUUUAAAUCACUGUUAAAGAAAAGAAGCAUAUUCUACUAAGACGUUACUUAUAUGAAUUUUUUGAUUAUGUAAAUAAAUAUAAUAAACAACAA